AAAACCAAAAAAAAAAUGGACGAUUCUUACGACGUUGUAGUUUGCGGAACAGGCUUUAUUGAAUGCAUUCUCUCUGGUUUAUUAUCUUUAGAAGGUAAAAAAGUAUUACACAUAGAUAGAAACGGUUUUUACGGGGGAGAAGGAGCCUCAGUUAAUUUAACAAAUAUGUGGAAAUUAUUCCGUCCAAAUUAAGAAGUUCCCAAAUAAUUCGGAUAAAAUAGAGACUGGAACAUUGAUUUAGUUCCUAAAUAUAUAAUAUCAAAUGGUAAAUUAGUCAAAAUAUUAUUGAAAACAAGAGUCGCUUCAUAUCUCGAGUGGAAAUCUAUUGAUGGCACUUAUGUAUAUUAAAUGAAAAAAGGAGGACUUUUAUCAUCUGGAGGCCCUAAAAUUGAAAAAGUACCUGCUACUGAUAAAGAAGCCUUAUCAAGUGAUUUGAUGGGAAUUUUCGAAAAAAGAAGAUGUAAAAACUUCUUUGUCUAUGUAGCUAAUUACAAUGUGAAAGAUUCAUAGACUUACAAAGGACUUAAUUUAUAUAGUAUGACUAUGUAAUAACUUCUUGAAUAUUUUGAAUUAGAAUCUAACACUAUUGAUUUCAUUGGACACGCAGUAGCUUUGUUUCCUAAUGAUAGUUUCUUAAAAAGACCUGCUAUUGAAACAGUUGAAAAAAUUAAAUUAUACAUGGAUUCUAUUGGAAGAUAUGGUGACUCUCCUUUUAUUUACCCAAUUUAUGGAUUAGGUGGUAUCCCUGAAGGUUUUUCACGUAUGAGUGCUAUUUAAGGAGGUACAUUUAUGCUUAAUACUGAUAUUGAAUAGAUCCUUUAUGAUGAAAGCGGUAAGGUAUGCGGAGUAAAAAGCGGAGACCAAAUUGCUAAAUGCAAAAUGGUAGUUUGUGAUCCUUCUUAUGCUAUAAAGACUGGAAAUUAACAUAAAGUAAAGCAAAUAGGAAAAAUUAUUAGAUGUAUUUGUAUUACAGAUCAUCCUAUUCCUGGUACUAAAGAUGUUCCUUCAGUCCAAAUUAUUAUUCCUUAAAGAUAAAUUAAUAGACAAAAUGAUAUUUAUGUUAUGAUGGUUUCUGGAGUACAUAAUGUUUGCUUAAAAGGUUAUUAUAUUGCAAUUGUAUCUACAAUAGUAGAAACUAGUAAUCCAUAAUAAGAAAUAUAGCCAGCUUUGGAUUUAAUAGGACCUGUAAAAGAAAUGUUUGUUACAGUUUCAAAUCAAUAUGUAGCAGCCGAUGAUGGUGUUAAAGAUUAAGUUUUUGUAAGUAACUGUUUUGAUCCUUCUAGUCAUUUUGAACCUGAAACUGAACUUGUUUUAAGUAUGUUCAAAAAAAUAACUGGAAAAGAUAUUGAUUUGGAAAACUUACCUGAAGAAUAGGAAUAAUGAGAAUAUAUAUAUUUUUAUAUAUAUAUUAGUUAAUUUUUUAUUUUUUACAUAAUUUCUAUAUAUUUAAGAAAAUUAAAAGCACAUAAUUUUUAUUAAAUAUUCUUUUUUAAAAAA